AAGAUCUCUGUGCCCACGGUAUCGAAUGUUGGAUAAUUAUUGAUCCGAUUAAAGAUGCCAACCUUAUUAACAAAACAAAAGAAAGCGGUUCAGGCUGUGUAAAGGUUAGGCAUUUUAAACAAAAGCCUGCAAGAAUAAAGUCCAUGAUCGUCCGAGGAGGGACUUGUCCAGAUUGUCUCCUGGAACACAACGUCAAAAUCACAUGAUUAUCGACACGUCACGCGACUAGACAAAAAAAAGUUACAGUCAACAGUUAACCUGUGCAGUAACGAUGAAUUCACACUGUGUGGGUGAAAGUGAUGGACUGACCUUCUGUCUGGCAAGACCAGAGGAUUACGAUGACGUGAUGGCCAUAUCAGAAGACAUAUAUGGUGGCAAUGACUACCUUCCACAUCGCUAUCACUCCUGGAUGACUGAGCCAGGAAGAGUGGUUAUUAUAGCGCGAAGAGAUGGGAAGCUGGUGGCGCUGGAGUCAGGUCUGGUGGUUGAUGGAGGUGAAACUGUGAUAGUUGAGGGCUUAAGAGUGUGUCCGAAUGAAAGGGGCCGUGGUCUGGCUGGAGUGAUACAGACAUUUGUUGAUGGCUACAUAAAGAAGGUCUACCCCAAUGUGAAGACCAAGCGCCUCACCAGAGGAGAUGACCCAGGGCCUGAAAAACUGCGCAAGUUCACACUGCUAGCCAGACGGGCUGUUCUGUCUCUGUUGGGGAAUUCUGAGGGUUUUAAUAGCUUUGUCUCAGGUCUGAAGGAAAAACUGCUUGCGUCAGAUGGGUCCAAUAGCAGCCGCCCUUUAGUGUCUGUAAAGGACUUGGAUGCUCUUAAGGCCCUUCUUUUGGAUUCAGACCUGUCUUUCAGACUUCAGCUUCCAGGGGGUGCUAUAAUCCAGGACUGGGAGCCCUUGAAACUCAUGGAGAGUAACCUUCACAUCUUGGCAAAGCAAAACCUGACAUGGUUUGUAGAUGGUUCUUGUGGGAAACCCCUGUUCAUGAGCCUCCACACACCUCCCUAUCCUAUUCCAUUUAAUGGAGGGUCUCUACGUUUUAAUAUCGACCUGUACGGGACAGACACUUCUUUAGCAAAGAAGGCAUUAACAGCUCACCUGGACAGUGUGAAAAGUGAGAUUCAAGGAAUAGUUCUGGUUCAUAUAUAUAUGCAUCAGGCUUUAUGGGAAGAUUUAAAGCAGUUUUGUGUGGGCCAUGAAACGGUGAAGCAGUUUCGGGAUUACUGGGAGCAGCUGUUAUUGGAAAGAGAGUUAUAAUGAUAACUAAAGAGAAAAGAGAAAUUUUCCUGAGAAAUCUUCCCAAGAAAGACUUGUUUAAUAUUUUGGUGAUUGAUUUUAGCUUGACUAACUGAUUUAACAUGUUAAUGUAUAACAAAAUUGUAGCACUUUUGUAAUUUGUGUCUGAGUGGAACAA